GUGGCCAGCAUCGUGGAGGGGGACCAGCUGACGAAGCUGCAGUUCGAGCAGGUCGCCCUCACCGCCUUCCUCCCCACCGACGAGGCCCUGGGCAACUACACGGGGCCCCACAACAGGCAGCUCAUCCAGGCCCACAUGUGCCAGUCGUGGGAAACUUUCGGGCCAGUCGUGGGAAACUCUCAGGCCAGUCGUGGGAAACUCUCAGGCCAGUCGUGUGGGAAACUCUCAGGCCAGUCGUGGGAAACUCUCAGGCCAGUCGACACGUCGUCGGUGCUGGACGUGCAGGUGGUGCACGGGCACGUGGUGCCCGGACGCGCGCUGUUCACGCGGCCGGCGUCGCUGCAGGAGGAGGAGGUCGAGAGCCUCGCCUUCACCGACAACCUCAAGGUCCUCCUGAGGGUGGAGCGGGUCACGCCCCGACCCCCUCCUGUCUACUACGUGACGAGCAACACGGUGGCCUCGGACCAGCGGCACCAGCUGGGCACGGCGAUGGCCCAGGUGGCCCGGGCCAACAUACUGGUGGCCAACGGCGUGGUCCACCUCAUAGCCCGCCGCCUCAUGACCAAUGCUGAGAGCAUCAUGUCAUACCUCAAGGAGGAGGGGGGCCAGCUGUCCGAGUUCUACCGGCUGUUCCACGAGCACCAACAGGACCUCCUCAACCGCCUGUCGGGGGCACCCACCCCCCAGGGCUGGACCCUCUUCGCCCCCAACAACCACGCCUUCAACAUGGUCAAGGCGGACAGUCUGGAGACGAUCUCCCUGAACAAGGCUAAGCUGGGGGAGCUGCUGAAGCUGCACAUGGUCUCCGGGCGCCUCACCACGGACAAGAUAGAGCAGCAGGCCACACUCAAGAAACUGGAGGUGCCCACGGAGAGCCGUGACCGGAAGCUUUACUUCAACGUGUACCGAGAGGCGGGGGGCGCUGGGGGGGCGAAGCUGCCCGUGGUGACGGUGGAGGGGGCGGGGGUGAACGCCACCAUCAGGACCCCCAACAUCGUCACCAACAACGGCAUCAUCCACAUCAUCGACCGCAUCAUGGACAUACCAUCACAGACCGUCUACGAGAAGCUCAUGAGCAACCCCGAGAUAAGCGUGACGUACAACCUGAGCUCGCAAGGGACGUGGGGUGCGCAGUUCAGGGACCGGGCGCAGAAGUUUACGUUCUUCGUCCCCAACGACGACGCCUGGGACGACGUCAGGACCAAGAUGCCCUCAGCCUACAAGAAGCUGGUCAUGGGGGAGUUCCCCCAGCACGUGCGGACCAUCCUGCAGCGGCACCUGCUGGUGGGGAAGGACCUCCCCCUGACGGCGCUGCUCGCGCUCACCAACAACGGCACCCUGAACCCCGCGUCCCCCCACACCCCCCACCUCCUCAACAUGUCCAGGGGCAAGAUCAUGUUCGAGAUGAGGGUGCAGCAGAAUGCCAAUGGUGGGUCAAAAGUGCUCAUGACGCGGCAAGACGUGACCGUGUCGGGGGCCACCACCCCCACCUCCUUCGCCUUCUUCUCCACGGCGGCCAUCUUGAUUACUUCCGCCAUUUUGCGGUAA